UUAUUCAUAAACGGAUAUCCUUAAAUACAAUGAAUCAUAUCAGUGAACAUCUGUGAUUUUAUUUAAUAGAAAACUAAAGAUUUGACUACACCAGGUAAAUGUGCUCAGGAUAUGCAUUGCCAGUGUUAAUGAAAGCAAGUUAUUCCUCCUGGUUAGUCCUGAGUUCUAAAUGGUAAUCCAUUAAAUGUGAUUGCUGUGAAUGUUAUUCUGUUUCUUGGAACAUUUGCUUUGUUGUGAAGGUGAUGUGUUACAUUCAGCAUAUAUUAUUAAUAUGCUGUAAUCCAUUAUGGGGCAUGUGAUGUCCGGGCUGGCACUGCCAGCUGACAGUGUUUCACUCCGCUUGCGCUGUGCAGUGUUCAGACCGCACGUCGCGGUGGCCGGCCGCGGUUUACAGUCAGUCAGCUCCGAGCUCACAGCCUGCAGCCCCGAGUCCGCCCGGAGCCCGGGGAGCAGCUCCGGAGAAGAUGGCGCCGUCGCGAUCGCGGACCCUGAGGAGGUGUCAGCGGGUGUUGUACUGGAUCCCCGUGCUCUUUAUCGGACUGAUCGCCUGCUGGUCCUAUUACGCCUAUGUCAUCCAGCUGUGUGUAGUGUCUAUGAAAAAUAUUGGUGAAAAAAUUGUCUGCCUUGUAUUCUAUCAUUUGUUUUUCAUCAUGUUCGUGUGGUCAUACUGGAAAACCAUCUUUACAAAGCCAAUGAAUCCGAGUAAGGAGUUUCAUCUGUCAUAUACGGACCGAGACCAAAUUGAACGUGAGGACCGAGGUGAAGGUCAACAGGAAGUCCUUAGACGAAUGGCUAAGGAGUUACCUAUUUACACAAGAACCUUAUCUGGAGCAAUUCGAUACUGUGACAGAUGCCAACUUGUGAAGCCAGAUCGUUGUCACCACUGCUCAGUCUGUGACAAGUGCAUUUUGAAGAUGGACCAUCAUUGCCCUUGGGUAAACAACUGUGUUGGAUUCUCCAAUUACAAGUUUUUUUUCCUUUUCUUGGCUUACUCCUUGCUUUACUGCAUUUUUAUCGCUGCCACUGACCUGCAGUACUUUAUCAAGUUUUGGAUGGAUGAAAUUCCAAUUAAGCGGCUGAAGGAAUAUUGGAAUGGCUUGCCAGAUACUCAAGCUAAGUUCCACAUCAUGUUCCUGUUCUUUGCAGCUGCAAUGUUUUCUAUCAGCCUGUCGUCCCUGUUUGGAUAUCAUUGCUGGUUAGUCAGUAAAAACAGGUCUACCCUUGAGGCCUUCAGAGCACCUGUGUUUCGACAUGGUGCUGACAAGAAUGGAUUUAGUUUAGGAUGCAGCAAAAAUAUGAAACAAGUGUUUGGAGAUGAGAAGAAAUAUUGGUUGCUACCUAUCUUUACAAGUCUAGGUGACGGUUGUUCCUUCCCAACAUGCUUGGUGAAUCAGGAUUCGGAGCAACCAUCCACACCAUCUGCUCACAACUUAUCCGCCAAAAACAUUACUGAAGCACAUCCAUUCCCUGCAAAACCUUUACGAGAAUCCCAGAACCAUUUACUGGGUAGUAGCCAAACUUGGUCUGAAGGAGCUUCUGAUGAUGAGAAAGGCAAGCUUGGUAUGAGUAAUCCUGUCAUGAUUAUAGAGAAUGAGACCUAGAUACUCUUCUAGCAAAGCUGUAACAGCUGGAAAAUCCCUAGGUACAGCUGCUUAUGGAGGAAAUUCUGGGAAGAAGUGUUCUCCAAGAUCCCAACCUUCACCUGCCCACCAUCCCUGUCAGAUGUCUGUGCCUGUGUGGGUAUGCUCCAAAGGAAAUAUUCCCAUGACCAAUUGGCUUUCCUACAACCACUGCUUAACACAUACACCACAUUGGUCUAGUCACUCUUGAAUGUACAACGGGAAUAUAAUUCUAUUCCGAAUGUAUUGCUUAACAAAACUUGCUUUAAUGUUGAUAGCAAGCAUAAUUGGCAUUGCGGCAGGGCAGGGUAUAAGAUUACUGAAAAAAAAAGUGGCACCUUACCCAUUGAAACUGUGUGAAAACGAUACUGGUUGUAUUAUCGUCCAUAACGUAAUAUCGCCUUGAUUUCUUGAUCAAAUCAUAUAUGUACAAAGACACAUUCUUUGGGAGCAAUACAUAUGAUAACAUUUUGAGUCUUAA